AUGACGCAGUGCGGCCUCCUGACCGGCUCCAACAAGCCGGUGCCACUGCGCAGCGGUUCGGUGACGGUGCUGAUCCGAGGCUUUGUUGCGGACGUGGGCUGCGAGCUGCUCUACAGGAACGAGGAGCCGGGGCCAGUGGAGGCCGUGUUCAUGUUCCCUGUGGAUGCCGAGGCGGCCGUCUACUCCUUCCAGGCCCGCCUGGGGGGCACCUGCAUCCAGGCCCAGCUCCACGAGAAGAAACAGGCGCAGGAGCUGUACGGGGACGCGCUGGCCGGGGGCCAGAGCUCGUUCCUGCUGCAGCAGGAGGGGACCGGGGGUGACGUUUUCAGCUGCUCCCUGGGUAACCUGCCCCCCGGGGAGGAGGCGGCGCUGACCCUGCGCUACGUCUGCGAGCUGCCGCUGGAGCCCGAUGGAGCCGCCCGCUACGUGCUGCCGGCCGUGCUGCGUCCCCGCUACACGCCCCAUGGGUGGGACGGGGAGGACGUCACCCAGGGGGUCCCGCGAGUCCCCCAGGGGGAGCUGCCCUACACCCUGAACCUGAGCGUCACGCUGCAGUCGCCCCACGGCAUCGACCACGUGCUCUCCAACUGCCCCCUCACCCCCCUGAGCUAUACGGCCGGGAACCAGACCACCGCCCAGGUGUCACUAUCCGAGGCCCCCCCGUGGGACCGGGACGUGGAGCUGCUGGUGUAUUACGCGGAGCCGCACAAACCCAGCGCGGUGCUGGAGGCUGGAAUGCCCGGAGUGGAGCCAGGCUCCCUGAUGGGCGACCCAGCCGUGAUGGUGACCCUGCUGCCCAGCCUGCCCGAGGUGGUGCCAGGCCAGAGCUUGGCCGGGGAGUUCAUCUUCCUGCUGGACCGCUCCAGCAGCAUGGGGUGCCCCAUGGACAGACUAGACCACUCCCGCCAGCGCAUCGACUGCGCCAAGGAGACCCUGGUCCUGCUGUUGAAGAGUUUGCCCCUGGGCUGUUAUUUCAACAUCUAUGGCUUUGGGUCUUGGUUCGAGUCCUUCUACCCGCAGAGCGUGGGAUACACCCAACAGACCAUGGCCGAGUCCCUGCAGCGCGUCCAGCAGCUCCAGGCCGACCUGGGGGGCACAGAGAUCUUGGCGCCGCUACGAGCCAUUUACCACAGCCCCUGCCUGGAUGGGCACCCGCGCCAGCUGUUCGUGUUCACAGACGGGGAGGUGGGGAACACCCAGGACGUCAUCACCGAGGUGCAGCGUCACCAGGGGGCCCACAGGUGCUUCUCCUUCGGCAUCGGGGAAGGGGCCUCCACAGCUCUGAUCAAAGGCAUCGCCUGGGCAGCAGGGGGCAGCGCCGAGUUCAUCACAGGCCAGGACCGCAUGCAGCCCAAGGCCCUGCAGUCUCUGAAGCGGGCCCUGCAGCCGGCCGUGACUGGGAUCUCGCUGAGCUGGGAUCUGCCACCCGGGAUGGAGGCGGCGCUGCUGGGCUGGGGUCCUGAGGUGAUCUUCCCUGGGCAGCGGUGCCUCAUCUACGCCCAGCUCCACGGGCAGCCCCAGCCCCCAGACACUGCCAUGGGGGGCGUCACCCUGCAGUACCGCAUCCAGGACCAGACCUACAAGGAGACGCUGCAGUUCCCCCUGCAGCCACAGGAUGGAGACAGGCUGCCCGUUCACCGGCUGGCAGCCAAGUCGCUGCUGCUGGAGCUGGAGGGGGCCAUGGACACCGGGUCGGAGGGGGAUCGGCGCCGGGUGCUGGAGACCAGCCUGAGCUCGGGGGUCGUCUGCUCCCUCACGGCCUAUGUGGGGGUGGACACAGAGCGGACGCAGCCGGUGCAGGGGCCGCUGGUGAGAUGGGGCAUCCCGCUCACAGAGUUCGAUUUGAUGGCAGGACAUUUGCCGUACAUUUUCCCUUGCCUGGACGAAGGCAACCAACGCUCCAUCACCUUGCGCAAUGUGGUGGCUGUGGAGCACGUGAACCACUGCGUAAAGCGGCGCCUCCCUCGGACGUGCCUGUUCUGGCUCUGCUGCCUCCCAGAGUUCAUCUGGGGGAGCCUCCGACGCGAGGGCAAGAAGUCCUGCAUACACGGCGCCCCGCCGGAGACCGCACCCCAGGAAGAGCGGGCACCGGAGGAGUCUCCCUUGCUGAGGCUGGUGUCUCUUCAGAAUGCUGAUGGCUCGUGGGACCUGGACCCCCGGCUGGCUGCCGCACUGGGGGUGAGCGAGACCGAUGCCAGAGGGAGGAUGCCCAUUGAGGAUGUGGCCCCCGGCGUCUGGGCCACGGUGCUGGCCGUGGUCUGGCUGCACGGCCGGGCCGCAGGGCAGCGCGACGAGUGGGAGCUGCUGGAGGCCAAGGCUGUGGUCUGGGUGCGAGGCCGAGCAGGUCCCUGGCUGAGCGAAUGCCUGGAAGCUGCCAACACUCUGCUGGGGUGCAUCGUUGGCCCUGCCGUCUUUGGGCUCUGA